AUGUAUUAUGAGUCCCUAUUAGACAUCACUGCACUUGUGACAUUGCCAGAACCUAUCCAUCUCACUAUCAGUGGUCAAUCAAGAACUCCAAUGUUGAUGAUGUUGGACGGACCCUGCGACACGACGAGGCAUAGAAUGCGCAAAGUUGAAGCAAAAGUGGGGAUUCUGGUCCUUGUGGACAACUCCAUCUACCGGAAGUACCUCCAGGGAAGUGGCAACGACCCCGGGGCAGCAAUGACAAGGAUAAGCCAAUACUACAGCAUGGUUGUCUCCAUGGUUGACCAGCGGUUUGGAACCAUCAGUGAACCACACUUGAGAAUCUCUGUCAGAAUGUCGGCUCUUGUAGUCUUUAAGACUCGAGAAGAAUCUACUUGGCUAGAGAAUAUCGUGGAUUGGACUACCCUCCGAAGUCACGGCCGAGGCUCAGUCUUCGCUGAAUAUGCUCUUCAGAAACUGACUACCUGGAUCAGUGGCAGCAAUGGUCUGCCCGAAUUUGACCACGCAAUGCUGUUUACCGGGUACAGACUGACGAACUCAGAGGAAGCUACAUUAGGCGGAAUGGCCUAUCUGAAAGCAAUUUGCGACGUCCAAUCCGGCAAUGCCAUAUCUAUUGUGUUCGAUAUUGGCGACUUUCAGUGCAUCAAAGUGGCUACGCAUGAGCUGGCUCACAGUUUAGGUGCCUAUCAUGACGGAGAUCGACAGGAGCAACAUUGUCGUCCUGACAGCAACUUCAUUAUGUCGCCUUUAAACACGUACUCACACCAGGUGAUGAAGAACGCCUUCUAUUUCUCGACCUGUUCAAUACAGGACAUGUGGCAACAUCUGAGCUCGACCAGCUCCUCGUGUGUCAGGGACGAACCUCCAGUCUAUCAGUUCCACGACGUGUCCAGGAGCCCACCGGGAAAACUCUACAACGCUGAUGUACAGUGCAAGCUGGCAUUUGGUGGCAGGUCUGUCUUGUGUAAGGAUGACAAAGUGGUUAGCAUCAUGUGCGGACAGCUGUGGUGUUCGGAUCCAGACAAACCGUCAGGCUGCAGGACAAACACCUACAUGACUGCUCUACCUGGGACACCCUGUGGACAUGAUAUGGUGUGCCAUCUUGGCGAGUGUAUCCUUGACAACAGUCAAAACAAUGCCCACAGGCCGCUGUCCAGCCACAUUAAAGUCGUUUCUACCAUCCCACAACAUGUCCGCCAGUCUGUCCAGGGAUCAGACUUCGAGAGACAAGACCCGGUGAUACUGAGUCUGACUGUUCGAGCCACCAGACGAUCCAGGAAGAGAAAAAAUCGAUGUACCCAAGACAGGAACGCCAGGUACUGUGACGGCCUCGUUCGACUAAACCCAAGUGGCUGUAAACGACGCUCUAUACGUCGCUACUGCUGCAUCACCUGUAGGCGACUGCGACGUAAACUCAGGAAACACAACUCUUGA